AUGUCGGGACCAGAAGAUCCACUGGGAAAAUUUCACGCCCAGUUCCAGACCUUUGUGAAAAACAACCCGAACGUGGCGUCUGCAGCGCAUGGAGCGUCGCAGAUCCCGGAAUCGGCCAAGGCGGUGGUGGUGUUGUCGCCGCUAUCGUUGCAGCACCAGUUCCCCAGACAUUGGGUGUCGAAAUCGUACAGGAAAACUAUCGUGGAACGGCCUGAGCGGCUUCUGGCAUGCUCCAUGGGUAUUGGUGCUGCUGUGACCAUGUACCCAGCGCUUUUCACGUUAAAGUCGUCGCACACAAGGCAAACGUCGCUGCUGGCGGAUCACGUGCUGAAGGUGCAUGGCAAAGACUGGCCCACAGAGCUUUUGAGGCUAUGCCAGAACUCGCAAAAGGCCUUGGACCGGUGCGAGGUGGAGGUCCCAGCGGCCUGGAAUGUGGGUGACAUCUACCUGUCGCGCCAGACAAUCCAAGCGCUGCAGGGCUCGAUCGGAGCGCUCGAAAUCGGUGUGGACUCUAUCUUUAACGGACCCACCGUGGAGGAGACCAGCAACCGGGCCUUUGUAGCAUUGCGCCCGCCAGGUCAUCACUCGCAUGCGUCGACACCAUCGGGAUUCUGUCUACUGAACAACGCUCACAUUGCCAUCGAGUACGCGGCAGACACUUAUGGCGUCACACACGCCGUGGUACUGGACUUUGAUCUCCACCAUGGUGAUGGCACUCAGGACAUUUGUUGGAAAAGAGCAGGAUUCAAGCCCGACGAAAGUGCGGAAGCAGAAGCUGAGUACAACGAGUUUGGCAAGAAAUUUGCAGAGUAUCCCAAAGUUGGAUAUUUUUCGCUACACGAUAUCAAUUCGUUCCCGUCAGAGCUGGGAUACGCAACCAAAGAGAACAUCAGAAAUGCUGCUACCUGUAUUAUGGAUGCACACGAUGUGAACAUCUGGAAUGUUCAUCUACAGCGGUAUGAAACGGAUGAGGCCUUUACCAAGUUAUACCAAACCAAGUAUAGAACGAUUUUUGCUAAGGCGGACGAGUAUUUCCGAACUGCCAAACAAACGAUGAAGGCUUUGGGAAAGCCUUUCAAGGCUUUGGUUGUUGUAAGCGCCGGGUUUGAUGCUUCAGAGUUUGAACAGGCCUCAAUGCAAAGGCACGGAGUAAACGUUCCUACAUUCUUCUACAAUAUGUUCACCAAAGAUGCGCUAAAGCUCGCUCAAAUGCACUCGCAUGGUAAAGUGCUUUCUGUAAUGGAAGGUGGAUACUCGGACGGUGCGAUUGCUUCUGGGGUCUUCUCACAUUUGAUUGGACUCCAAAACCAAAACUGGAUCAACGAAUGGGGGUCCGCCCAGGUAAUCAAGGAGAUUGUACGUGGAUGUAAGCCAAAUUGGAAACCUUACAAAAGCAAGCGCGCGCGCGACGUAAUCCGCAUAUGGGCAGAAGAAGUGAUCAAAUUGGGACGCGCGAUGAUCCCUGAGUUCGAGGAUAUUCUUUUCCAGCCAGAAAUGGAAGAACAUAAGUUCGACACAGGGAAACGGGUGACUAGGUCAACGAAGAACACUAUUGCGGUGGCAGAUCCUGCCACCGUGGUAGAAACGCCGGAAUCGCUGCCCCGCAGCGAGACGCCAACGCCAAGCGACAAACGCUAUAUCAAGAAGCAGGAGAGCUUGAGUCCCGAAAUGGAACACCCCAAGGCAGUACCGUUCGUGAACCAGACGUUAGGCAGCGACGAGGAUGAAAACGAGGACGAGGACUACGAGUACGAUGAAGAGCUCAAUAAGACAUUUAACCGUACGGUCGAGGACAUUACAAUCGACGAUAUCUCGCGACACUUGGAGAGUCUGGAUAUCGAGCCGCCAGGGCCACCGCCGGGAGAUUCUAGACCGCAAACGAGGGCCACGGCUCGCAGUGCAGCAGCAGCGGCAGCUUCAUCAUCAGCGUCAUCCAGAUCUUCUGGUCCUUCUCGAUCUUCUGGGUCUUCUGGGUCUACCGGAUCGUCUGGAUCGAAUGGAUCGUCUGGGUCAUCAUCUCGGUCUUCCAGAUCUUCGACGUCUGGAUCGUCUGGAUCGGCCACCGAUGCUCGUCGGCCAUUGUCGUCGUCCAGCACGAACGGCUACAAGAUACCCUCGGGCUCUACGACUCGUCAUUUGCGCAACAGUCGCACCUCGCGAUUGAUGAAUUUCGACGACAGCGACAUUUCGAUGGUGUCGCAUAUUUCCACGGCCAAGGGCCACACAACUCGCAGUGGACAAAGCAAAUGGUAG